GGCCGUGACGUAGGCACGGUGUCGGCCACAGGAGGCGCUGGCUGGCGAGAGAGUAGUAUCGUGAGGAGGUUUUGGGGGUUUUGUUGUCUGGUCCAAAGAGCCCAUCCUCUGGACUGGUCUUACGGGAUUUCUGGGCAAUUCUGCGGAAGCUAGGGUAACCCUGACAAAAUGCCUGAGGAAAGGCGACUAUUCCUGCAAGUCCUGCGCAACUUCAUAGCCUCGUUCAAGCCCCGGUUGAGUAGAAGAAAGCUAGUGGGUAAGGAUUACAAUGGAACAAAGUACUACGAGGACCCAGAGGCGAAGGGCACAAAGGGACGCUCCUUCAUUCCUCGUGAGGCGGAGAAUUUCGAGCAGGAGCUACCAGCAGAGUGGGAGGCUUGGCUGAGGUACAGAAGACGCCAGCCACCGAGUGAGGAGGAAGUCAACAAGAACUACGAGUUGAUGCUGUUGAAGAAGAAGAAUGCCGCUGCCCUGGAGAAGCUUUAUGCUGAGGAGAAAGGGAUCAGCCUGGAGACUCCCAAGGAGAAGACUGGCUUCGAGAGUUUUCCCACUUACGACGAGUACAAGGACUUUGGUCAGGCCUAUUUGAAAAAUGACCAAGAGAAAAAAGCAUAGACUAGAAUUAGGAAAAGUCAGUGUGAAAUUAGAGAGAUAAUUGAGAAUGUUGGGUGAUUAAUUCACACUGUAUUAUAAAAAUUGUAAAUAUUUAUUAUAAUAGAAUGAAUUCACUACAAUGA